AUGAAGGUUCUUCGUCUGAGGUCAAACUUAUUAUAUGGUACUAUCCCUGAGAACAUAGUGGAUCUCACUUCUCUUCAGGUUUUGGAUCUUUCUUCCAACAAGUUCUUUGGUAGCCUACCAUCAUCUCUAGGAAAUUUCACUGCCAUGGUUGAGGUACAAAAUGACACGAGGUCAUUGAUUGAAGAUUACUAUUCUUACAUCGAGAGCAUCUUAGUCACAACAAAGGGAUCAAUGGUUGAGUACACAACCAUUCUCUGGCUGGUGACAUGCAUAGACUUGUCAAAUAAUCAUCUCUCUGGUGAAAUCCCAAAAGAACUGACAAAGCUUCUCGGAUUGCGCUUCCUAAACUUAUCCGAGAAUCAUUUGACGGGAAGGAUUCCAGAAAAGAUGGGUGACAUGACACUAUUGGAAUCGCUUGACUUAUCAGUGAACAGUCUCACAGGGGUGAUACCUUCGAGCUUUUCUGCUAUGAAUUUCCUGGCCCGUUUGAAUCUGUCUUACAACAACUUAUCAGGAAAAAUACCCACUAGUGGUCAACUGUCAACCUUUGACUCAUGGACAAAUGUGGGUAACAAAGACCUUUGCGGUACGCCACUGCCAGAUUGCCCUGUUUAUCGAAUUCCACCUGACGCCAGAGUUAAAGAUGAUGAGAAGCUCGACAAAUUAUUGGAGUACACCAGUAUUGUGGUCGGAUUUGUGGCUGGCUUUUGGCUGUUUACUGGCACGCUCAUCACGAAGCAGGUCAUCAGAUUCGCUUUCUUCCGAUGGAUCGACAAGGCCAGCGAUUGGAUCUACGUUCAGUUUACAGUUAAGCUUGCGAAGCUCAAAUCCAAAUGGCAAACGAUGACAUGA